AGAACCUAACACCAACCGUUUCCAUGACGCUCUUCCUAUCAUAACGAGUCACGCCUUCGAAUGUCAAUCUCCACCGCUAAAACGGCGUCGACAGAGCGUCAAACGCGCGCACAAACUGUCAAGCAAAAGAAGAAUGAAGCGAGAACCGUUAGAGCCGAUCGUACCGAACUGAAACGUAUAUUUAGAAAGUAUGCGUCGAUUGAGCGAGAUGGCGAGGUUUUCAUGUCGCCUGAAGAUUUCUUUCAGCGUUAUCUUGGUAUUCACAGCGAGAAUGAUUACAGUCGGCAGUCGCUGAGAUUAUUGGUGGGCGUGGUCGAUCAGACCAAGAAUGGAUUGAUUUCAUUUGAUGAGUUUAGCUCGUUUGAGUCUCUUCUGGCAUCACCCGACUCUCUGUAUCAGUGUAUGUUUCAGCUCUUUGAUGCAAACUCGAAUGGUGUUGUGUCAUUUGGGGAAUUUUGUCAUGUCGUCCAAUCAACAGAAGUCUAUCAACAUUUUCCAUUCAAUUUUAAUUCACCCCUUACACAACUCUACUUCGGCAUCAAACACAAAGACACACUUCACUUCUCAGAGUUUACACAACUCAUCAGAGACCUUCAGGACGAGAUGAUACAACAAGUUUUCUCACAAAACGAAACAGAUAAACAGACGACAAUCACCGCACUUGCAUUUGCUAACGUAAUGAAGAAAUUCAGGCCUCAGUUGCUGUCACCUUACGUGCAAGAAAAUCUAGUCACUGUGUCUGGCUGUUCAGGUGUGUAUAGUCGCACUGUUGGAUAUGGAUAUUUUAGGGCUUUCAAUAGGAUGCUCAAUAACCUUGACUUGUUCAAGCAAGUGGUUAGAAAUGCUAUGGGAAGGACAAAGACGGAGAUAACGAAAGAAGAGUUAAUGGUAGCUGCAAGCAAUUUUCCUCAGAUCACACCGUUGGAAGUUGACAUCGUGUUUCAGCUCUCUGAUUUGGACAAGAAGUCAGGUCGUAUCACAAUGGAUGACUUUAAAAGAUUAUUACCAUCUGUGUCUCAGCUUGGUUUGAAAGAGGUUUCUGGUCUUGGUGUUGAAGAUGGGAAAAGGGAAAUUGGAUACGUAAUGGCUACUCUUGAGUCAGUCUAUCGAUUUGGACUUGGUGCAAUAGCUGGAGCUGUCGGUGCUACUGCUGUUUAUCCAAUUGACUUGGUGAAGACACGGUUACAGAAUCAGCGGAAGCGUCGGGUUGUUGUCGGAGAAUUAUUCUAUAGGAACAGCUUUGAUUGUUUCUGGAAGGUUUUACGACAUGAAGGAGUGUUUGGGCUUUACAGAGGACUUGGUCCACAACUCAUUGGUGUAGCUCCAGAGAAAGCCAUUAAACUAACAACCAACGAUUUUAUGAGAGAAAAGUUAACAAGUAAAAAUGGGCAUCUUCCUUUCUAUCGAGAAAUCAUUGCUGGCGGAUGUGCUGGUGCAAGUCAAGUGAUCUUCAGCAAUCCAUUAGAAAUAGUUAAGAUUCGGCUGCAGGUUGCUGGGCAAUUCACAGGAAUUAAGCCACCGAGUGCACUCAAAAUUGUUGCGGAUUUAGGAUUCAAAGGCCUCUACAAGGGUAUAUCUGCAUGUCUCCUACGAGACAUCCCAUUUUCAGCCAUCUACUUCUCAUCAUACGCUCACUUGAAGCCCAAACUAGCAGACGAUGACGGCUACAACAGCCCCUUGUCGCUGCUUGUGGCUGCUGCUACAUGUGGCAUUCCUGCUGCAUUUCUUGGCACGCCAGCAGAUGUCAUAAAGACAAGACUACAAGUGCAAGUUCGAGAGGGACAGACAAAGUAUACUGGUCUUGUGGAUUGUGCACGGAAAAUCUGGCACGAAGAAGGCUUCAAGAAGUUCUGGAGUGGAGCACCAGCUCGGGUGUUCCGAUCUUCUCCACAAUUUGGCGUCACACUGAUGGUAUACGAGCUUCUCCAGCAGUUAUUCGACGUCGACUUUGGUCGAGGAAAGUUUAGUGAGCAAGGGAAGAGGAAACGCGAACGAGCUCAAAUGCUACAGAUGGCACCCUUCCUGACACCAACCAAUCCCGAUCAUAUUGGUGGGUAUCGCAUGGCAGUUGCCACAUUCGCUUCGUUAGAGAGCAAAUUUGGAUUGAAGUUUCCGAACUACACAGUCCCUCAAGUAUCUGCAGACAAGAAGCCUGGUGCUUCACAUGAAUAAGAUUUUUCAUUAAAUAUUAAUAUUAAUUAAUAUUAUUGAUUGUAUUGAGAGGAGUGUAAGUGUAGAUAGUUUGUGUUGUAGGACGUCAUUGGCGUAGUGUAAUUAAUUAAGUGAGAGGUUUGCAUUGUGGUGGAGGAGUAGAUAGCAUAUUGAGUGAUUAACUUGCUGGAGAUUGACGUUAUAGAUAGACAUGCAGUCACAGAGUCGACUAGCUUGUCUGCUGUCUGUCUACUUGCCUGUCUGCCUGUCUACCUUGUAUUAAUGCAGAGAUGCAU